AUGCUUCGCACGAGCCAUACUGCUCGUUUCGAGACGGUUGCGCAACCCUGCUCGACAACGUCCGCAAGCUGUGAUGCUAGGAUUCUGGUCGUUCUCCUACUGGCUUCCAUUGCAAUACUUGGACUGGAAAUAUUGCAUGGCCACAUUGACGUAUCGCAGAGGGACCAUGGGCCCCGUGCGAGAUCCAUGCAUGGAAGCUGUUCUCAAGCAUCUUCUCUGCCAGCAAUUAGUACUCAACUUCCUGUCUGCAAGCCCACGGACGUCAUAACGUGGGAUGUCGCCAGACAUACUCAACCAAUCAGUCGUUGCAGUACUAACGUCGGCAGCAAAGGAGGGCAGCUAAGCCUGGAUAAAUGGGGUCCUCGUGCAGCUCCCUCCAGCAGGGCGAGCUCUUGUGUGCCGUUCGGCGUAGAACAUUUGUUUCUAGACCGCGCUAUUCUUGUCAUGACUGGGAUACACCGGAUCAAGGCACGCAGAAUGUAUCUGCUCGAUUCUUUGAGAUACUAA